AUGAGCAAUCAGUACCAGGAGGAGGGCUGCUCCGAGAGGCCCGAGUGCAAAAGUAAAUCUCCAACUUUGCUCUCCUCUUACUGCAUCGACAGCAUCCUGGGCCGGAGGAGCCCGUGCAAAAUGCGGCUGUUGGGAGCCGCGCAAAGCUUGCCCGCUCCUCUGGCCAGCCGCACCGACCAGGAAAAGGCCGUGCAAGGCUCCCCCAAGGGCAGCAGCGCCCCGUUCGAGGCCGAGCUGCACCUGCCGCCCAAGCUGCGGCGCCUGUACGGCCCGGGCGGGGGCCGCCUCCUCCAGGGCGCCGCGGCGGCGGCGGCGGCAGCGGCGGCGGCGGCGGCGGCGGCUGCCACGGCCACGGCGGGUCCGCGGGGGGAGGCCCCGCCGCCGCCACCACCGCCGACCGCGCGGCCCGGGGAGCGGCCGGAUGGCUCAGGGGCCGCCGUGGCGGCCGCCGCCGCCGCCGCCGCGGCCUGGGACACGCUCAAGAUCAGCCAGGCGCCGCAGGUGAGCAUCAGCCGCAGCAAGUCGUACCGCGAGAACGGGGCGCCCUUCGUGCCGCCACCGCCCGCGCUGGACGAGCUGGGCGGCCCGGGGGGCGCCGGGCACCCGGACGAGCGCCUUGGCGCGGCCGGCGGCCCAGGUGGCGCCCCGGCGGCGAGUAGCGGCGCGGGCGCCGAGGACGAGGAGGAGGAGCUGCUGGAGGACGAAGAGGACGAGGACGAGGAAGAGGAGCUGCUGGAAGACGACGAGGAGGAGCUGCUGGAGGACGACGCCCGCGCGCUGCUCAAGGAACCGCGGCGCUGCGCUGUGCCCGCCACAGGAGCGGUGACCGCCGCCGCUGCCGCCGCCGCCGUGGCCACCGAGGGCGGGGAGCUGUCGCCCAAGGAGGAGCUGCUGCUGCACCCGGAGGACGCUGAGGGCAAGGACGGCGAGGACAGCGUGUGCCUGUCUGCCGGCAGCGACUCAGAGGAGGGGCUGCUGAAGCGCAAACAGCGGCGCUACCGCACCACGUUCACCAGCUACCAGCUGGAGGAACUGGAGCGGGCCUUCCAGAAGACGCACUACCCAGACGUCUUCACCAGGGAGGAACUGGCCAUGAGGCUGGACUUGACUGAGGCCCGGGUCCAGGUCUGGUUCCAGAACCGUCGGGCGAAGUGGCGCAAGCGGGAGAAGGCGGGCGCACAGACCCAUCCCCCGGGUCUGCCCUUCCCCGGGCCGCUCUCGGCCACCCACCCGCUCAGCCCCUACCUGGACGCCAGCCCCUUCCCUCCGCACCAUCCCGCGCUCGACUCGGCCUGGACUGCCGCUGCUGCAGCCGCCGCCGCCGCCUUCCCGAGCCUACCUCCGCCUCCGGGCUCGGCCAGCCUGCCGCCCAGCGGGGCGCCGCUGGGCCUGAGCACUUUCCUCGGAGCCGCAGUGUUCCGGCACCCGGCCUUCAUCAGCCCUGCGUUCGGCAGGCUCUUUUCCACCAUGGCCCCCCUGACCAGCGCGUCGACCGCGGCCGCGCUCCUGAGACAGCCCACGCCGGCCGUGGAGGGCGCAGUGGCGUCGGGCGCGCUGGCCGACCCGGCCACGGCGGCUGCAGACAGACGCGCCUCGAGCAUAGCGGCGCUGAGGCUCAAGGCCAAGGAGCACGCCGCGCAGCUGACGCAGCUCAAUAUCCUGCCGGGCACCAGCACGGGCAAGGAGGUGUGCUAAAGGCUUCCCUCCACCCUCGCGCCCCGGGCGCGACCCGAAAGGCCACCUCACUCAGCACCACUCAAGACCAAAUGGAAACAGAGGACCAGCACACUCCCGAGACGGCACUGAGAGAGCGCAGCCGCCUUCGCAGCAGCCUGGACGCGGACAAGGCAGCCCUCGGCGCUACCCGGACGUGGCACCUCCUCGGCUGGCUGUCCACCCGCCCCUGCCCCUGCCAACUUCGCUCCAACUCAAAUGUCCACUCUCUCCCGUUCUUUUAUUGAAAAUAUCAGGGAGGUUUUCUCCCUAAGUCACCUGGUAUUGAAGUUAACAAUUUAAAAACCCCAACCUCUCUGCCUCCUGACACCCCACUUAGCUUUUUUUUUUCCAAAUAGCAUUUUGACGCUCUAAGUUGAUCUUGCCAGCGUGGCCCCAGCCUUCGGCGGCGGGGAAGCGAAUGCGAAUCUGUAAGAUAGCUAACAGUGCACUUAACGGAAAGGGGCGUCUUGUUCUUGUUCUCUUCUUUAUCAUACAUCAACCAAGGUUUUUAUAUCAAACCAAAGGGAAAUACUCUGCUAGAAUAUGGACUGUUGAAGUCACCAAACUGUGAUUAUUGAUUCUGUACAUACCAUUGUUAUUAAAAAAAAGAAAAAGAACAGAGCUUUGUAUAUUUGAAAUGUUAUAACGCAAUUGCACUCAGCGUGGUAUGGUAAAAGUUUGUCCUCCUGUAGAUUCUUACUGUGUUGUAGAUACGGUAGGGUUCCUAGACAAAUAUUUAUGUACUCAAGCCCUUUAUUUAACUUAUUAACUGUAGAGGCUUCCGAAACCUUCAAGAUAAAGGCAAUGGUACAGUACUUUUGUGUAAUGUGUAAUUGUUAUCACUUUUCCUUGCUAUCUAGUGGAGAAGUGUCACGCUCAAAAUAAAACAAAAAUAU